CUAAGAUCCAUUAGCCGAAUGAUGUCGUUAAAUUUUUUAACAUGACAAAAUUAUUAACUAAGAAAGAAUAUCAUCAUAUGCGAUUUUUAAUUUUAAAUUUCCUUCUCGCUUUACCCCUGCCAUCUGGGGCAGAAAUUCUUUCCGAGUUACAAAACUUCGGAGAACAAUUAUUUCACAAAGUAUGCGACUCGCAUCCAAAAGAAGAUCAGUUAGUGGCGCCAUUUCCUUUAGCAACACUUUUGAUUCUACUGCGCAAGAAUGCUGAAAAAGAUUCAGCCUCAGAAAUCACUGAAAAUUUAGGUUUGGAUGCUCAGUCUAUCGAGGCUAUUACAACAGCUUAUUUGGGACAACUGAGGCAAUUGGAACUCAGUCACCUCUUCACAAUGUCUAAUCAUAUUUUCGUAUUGGACCGGCAAAAUGUUAUCGAAAGUAUUGAUUUGAGUGCCGGCGAUACUAUUGAUGGCUGGCCUAGUAUUGAUAUGUGUGAUAUAGAGACAACCGGUUCUAAAACACAUUUACUUUUGUCUACUGAGAUCCAUUUUAAGAGUUUAUUUUUAUAUAAUUUCAACUUUACGGCAAAAGGAGCCUUUUAUACCAUUGAUGGUGAAGAAAUUGGUGUAGAAGUGUUAACUCUUUUGGCAAAUUUAAAAUACGGAGAAAUUCCGGAAUUAAAGGCUACAGCUGUUGAAAUUCCCUACAGUGAUGGUGAUACAUCCUUAGUGAUUAUAUUACCUAACACCCAGGGAGGCGUAAUAGAAUUAGAACAAGAUUUAAAACUUUUUCCUCUCAAUAGAAUUGAUUCAUAUUUGACCCAUCAAUGGAUAACUGUAGUAGUACCGAAACUACAUACUUUAGUGGAGAUAUCCCUAAAAGAAGAAUUAAAAAUAUUGGGUAUGUCCAGCAUGUUUGCUCAUUUGUGCGAUGGUAAAGACAUACAAGUUUUGGAUGUUAUCUCAAAGUCCACAUUUCGUAUUGAAGAAACAUCAGCUGGACUUGAUCCAUUCUUAGGUCAAGACACAUAUCAUUAUCCGCCCGAAAAUGUCUCAGAAUUUCGUAUAUAUCAUCCCUUUGUUUUAUAAUAAAAUCAUCACUAAAUUAUAUAUAUUUAUAUGGUAAACUAAUGAAAUAAAGGGCUUAACACAUUUUCC